ACGUGAUCUACUUUCGUUUUGCAUUUUCGGAAAUUGAUAUACAAAUUUUCACAUUAUAAUAUAUUUUAACUGUUUAAUGAUGAAACAUUGUUUCGAUUAUUUGGAAAUUAUUGCGAUUCCGUUAGACCGAUUUUAUUGGCCGCAUUAACCAAGUCUUGGGGAGAGACACUUGAUUCCCAAACCGAGGCAUAUCUCGAGCCGAGUGGAAUUUCCAGCCGGGCCGAGUCAUUGAAUUGGACAGGAUUUACAUAUGUUAAAUCAGCAUUAUAGAGGUGAAGAUGGCAACAUAUAUCCCUCUAGAGUGCUCUGUCUGUAACAAGAUGUUUUCAGGACCUAUUCCAGCACAGGCCCAUUUCAGAAGUAAUAUUCAUCAUAAGAAAAUGGAAGCAUCAAAACAGCAACUUCCAGGUUUAACCUGCCGGAUAUGUAAUAUAAAUUGUGAUACAAGGCUUCAACUGCAGCAGCAUGAACAGUCACCAAGACAUUACGCAAAUGCAGAAAAACUACAGAAAUUUAAUUACUUCGGCAAUCACUUACCUACAGACAGUAUGAGUAAUGAAGGCAAAAUAGUUGGAAAAAAUAAUAACAAUGUGAGAAACUCUCUAACUUGUGAUACAUGUGGAGUGUCAUUUACUGGUCAAGAAAAUGCACAGCAACAUUAUAGUAGUGAAAAACAUAGAAAACAGGUGGUUUUGAUGGAGAAACAUAAAAGAGGUGAGUCACUACCUUUGGAAUGCAAAAUUUGCAAGUGCUCUUUCACAGGCCAAGAAAAUGCAGAGGAUCAUUUCAAAAGUAAAAAACAUAAAAGAAACAAGGAAAAUAUGAGCAUUCAGUCUGAAGGAUUACAUACUGAAACAGCCCCUUUUCCCAGGGUAGUCGUGCCAGGACCCCAAUUACAUGUCAUGCAUGAAGAUGAUACUUUUGUACACCAAGAUGAUUCACCAAAUUUAUCAAGACCUGUGGCACCUUCCACUCAGAGUGUCAAAACUGCUACUGAUCCUCAUGAUUUGCCACAUGUAUUUAAACCUGUGCCAGUAAAAUCUGCAGAUUUGUUUCAGUAUGUUAAAGAACAUCCUGAUAGUUCAAAAGAGGAUAUAAACCACCUGCAUGGUACAAGCACGAAGAGUGUGUUCAAAGAAGAAAUAAAUGAUACAUUUUUAGCAAAGCCAGUGCAAGACAGACAACAAAUGUCAACUGUAAGAGACAUAUCUGCAGGUGAUGACGAAGAUGAACUAAUAGUAAAGCCAAUAGAAAAUGAUGAUGACAAUCAGAAUACAGAAAGUAGAACAAGGCACAGACAAAAUAAUUCUUUAAGUCCCACAAGGGUUGGGCUCUUUAAACGAGUGGAUACUGAGAAUGAUACAAAAGGAUACAGUGAAGAUAGUCUAGUAGUCAAACCAGUUGAUGGAGAAAAUGAAACACAGAACAGGCAGACCAAUAGGGAAUGGCCUGAGACUAAUGCAAUGUUUGAAUCUUUGUCAGAAUUGAAAAUAAAAGAAGAAACUAACACACAUAAUGUACCAGAGUUUAAAUCAGUAAGUAGGAGCACAGGAGACUUUUCGUCUAGAAACACGUUGCCAGUUAGAUUUGUGAAGAAUGAUCUGGACCAAUCACUGGCGCCGAUGGGACGUGGGCGUGGUAUAUUCACAAUGCUAAGACAACAAGAUGAAAAUCUGCCAGAAAAAGUGGUUAAUUCAAAUAAACUGAACAAUGAGUAUCUUUACGAUUGUGAAAUAUAUGAUGAUAAUGAAACACAGAAAAAGUCAGUUUGGCAGGAUACGCCAGCAGCACCUAGGCGGAAAAUAACGGAUAAUGAAGGAGACGAUUCUGAUGAAAAUGAGCAAAGUCAAUACAAUAGUCAACCACAUUUCACUAAGAACAAUGGAUACCAUAUGACAGUUUCUAGGUCCCCGAGCACAGUUUCUAGUUCCCCAAGCACAGUUUCUAGCUCCCCAGCAGCAGUGUCUAGUUCCCCAACAAACUUUUUUCAUCAGAGGUAUGGUGAGAGAGGUUAUUCUCCCAGUGACUUAGAUACCUCAAGUAAGCUGGAGGAGUAUAUAUUUGAUCCGUGUACAGGUCGGGGAAAAUGUUACAUAUGUGAUAUUGAUUUUACUUCUAGUAAACAUAAGAGCCAACAUAUUCUAGGAAAGAAUCAUCUUAAAGCAAAGGAAGUACGUCAGGGAUUGAUUAAAGUAGGGAAAACAGCCAGUGGCUCCCUAAUUUGUACAAUCUGCUCGGUCACAUUCCCCGGACCAGAAGCUAGGCAGCAGCAUUUCGAAAGUGAAAAGCAUAAACGGAAAGUAAUGCGCCAUCAAGAAGAAGAGACAAAUUCUUAUUACUGCGAUAUUUGUCAAAUAUCUUGCACUGGACCUGAAAGCUUUACACAGCAUAGGUUAGGUGCUCAGCAUAGAAAACUUGCAGGUGAAUUAAAUGAAGAGUAUCAAGAUAUGUCUGCCCCUAAUUAUGACCGCACUAAAUGGUACCCAUGUGAAAUUUGUAAGUGUAACAUGAACACAAUUGAACAGUUGAGAUUUCAUGAAAAGUCCCCAAAACAUUUGAAACAAUUAGAAAAACAGAUGCCAGGUGGUUUGCCAAGUAAUGAUCGUACACAAUGGUUUCCAUGUAAUGUUUGCAAGGUGAAUAUGAAUACGUAUGAACAACUUAAAAUUCAUGAACAGUCUCCAAGACAUAUAAAACAAAUGGAAAAGCAAAUGCCGAGUGCCGUAGGAAGUUCUGAUCGUACUCAGUGGUUUCCGUGCAGAAUAUGUAAUGUUAAUAUGAACACCUUUGAACAACUUAAAAUCCACGAGCAAUCUCCAAGGCAUUUAAAACAACUUGAAAAACAAAUGGAUAAUGGAAAUACUUCACCGCACGACCGUUCUACUUGGUUUCCUUGUAACGUAUGUAAUUGUAAGAUGAACACACGAGAACAACUCCGUAUUCACGAAGCUUCACCCGCACACAUUGCUAAAUUGAGAAAGUAUAAUGAUAUUCAACAAAUGGCACCAUCUGAUUCAGCAUCAAGACAAAUUAUUGAUCCAAGUUGGUCACCAGGAUCAGCAACACCUUUAGAAAGUUUUUUAUCAGAAGAGUUGUUUCCUGAAGAAUUUUUACCACCAUCUGAUUCAACUAUGCAUAACAAUAACACCAAAAAAUUAGAAGAUUAUUUCCAGGAACAGUUGGUUGAGUCUGAUAAACCUUUUCCUAGAGCUCCGAGGUUUGCUGUUGUUACCCCAGAACAACUUGAGAGGGAUACAACAAACUCACCAGGGGCUGGUGGGACCAAACGUGGAAUGGGGAGUGAUUUAGCUUUUGCAACAAGAAACAGAGGUACUAGGGAAAAUAGCAACAGGUCUAGAGAACGGUCAACACAUUCAUGCACUGAUGACUCACCUUCACAAAGUGUGAGACCAAUGCAGUUUGUUACUAGCCAAGAAGUUGGUUACAAGCCUAAUCAAAACAUGCACACGGCUCCUUCGAAAAUGGACCCUACUGAGAACAACCCAUAUGCAGCAACCCAUCGCUAUUAUUGUCAUACAUGUAAAGCGCCAAUGAAUACUAAAGAGACGUACGACAACCAUAUAAGAGGGAAACGUCACAUGCAAAAGGUGUGUACUGAACAAGCGCCGAAGAGACAACAUAAUGCGCCAAUAAAUUUGCCUGAAGACUUUUUGCCGUAUACGAAAACAAAUCCAAGAAAUUAUCAACAAGAAUUAUAUAAGAAGAAUAUGAGAGGGAACACACUUUGCUUUUUGCCAACAGGGACUGGUAAGACGCUGGUAUCUGUGAUGACGAUGAGCGCCAUGUUGGAAAAACAUCCGUCCAAAAAUGUUCUUUUCCUGGUUGACAAAGUCUUGCUUGUAAUCCAACAAUCUCAAUAUAUCAAGUCAGAACUUGAAGAGAGAGAGUUUAAUCGCUUCAAUCCAGAUAGUGAUAACCCGUUAGACAUUGAGAGAAGAAAACUGCGUAUAGCGGCUGUAUGUAUGGGUCAGCAGGCGACACAUGGAAUUCCAUUGUGGAAGCACGAUGUUGUUGUAGUUACUGCUGCAUUUUGUCAAAAUCUACUGGACAAACAAAUAUUACGAUGGGAGGAUUUCAGUCUGAUUGUUUUUGAUGAAGCUCACCAUUGCGAAAAGGGCCACCCAUUUAAUACCCUCCUCUCCACUUACCAUAGACGCACCCUCCCAGAAAAUAAACCAAAGGUUCUUGGACUUACUGCAUCCCCAGCAGGUAAAGCAGAUGUCCCCAAAACACUUCAAAUGCUUCGUGGACUGAUUAGCAAUAUGGGCGGAGUGCGCAUGACAAUUGUUGAAGAACAUGAAAAUGUUGACACAUUAAAUGAGUACCAGUCUAAUUCCAAAAUGAUCAUACGACCACAGCUUGCACCGAGUGAUUUGAUUGAAAGUGGCCUACGACACGAACUGAACAUAUAUAUUAUGAAUUGUUUAAUGAAACUUUAUCAGUUUUCAAAUAUUAAACACUACGUCGACUUUGGAAGGGGAUUUACUGCUAAUAUUUCAGAUGAAGAGGUGAAACGAGUGGCAGAUGACUUUGUUGAGAAGAAUUUUGACAUGAUUCAGUCAAGUAUGAAUAUGAUAGAUAAUGAAAAUGAGAAGGCAAUAGGUAAAGCUGAAUUUUAUCAUUUGUGCAUGCAUGUUCAGUCAAUUUGCAUGGCAUUGAGUUGUCUUGAGGAAGGAGGUGUACUCAUUGCUUUGAGCGAAUUGGAGGAAUUAGAAACUACUGAUUUUAAUCUAAAUUUUGCAAGGCGGCUUGGGUUGCCAACAGUUCCUCUUCAGCAGAUAGUGGCACGACAAGGAGCAGGCUUAGGAGGUCAAGAUGCGAAUUCUGCAACAGGUCUGCAUAUGCAACGUUUAAUUGACGAACUUACAGCGGAUAUGUCUGCGACUGAAGGCGUAAGAAGUAUUUCUUUAGUUUUGGUGAAGCAAAGAUGUACAGCUCACCAGAUAACAAAAGUUUUACUAAAAUCAGAUAGGAUGAGAAAACUAGGUUUGAACACAACGUGUGUGGUUGGUCACGGAGGAAGUGGAGCAGCCGACAAGGGGAUGAACGUAAACCAACAGAAGCGCGUGCUUGAGGAGAUUAAACAAUAUCAGUAUCAGGUGAUAGUUGCUACAUCGGUUGCCGAGGAGGGCGUGGACAUGCCAGAAUGUGAGCGUGUGAUAAGUUUGUACCCGCCUUCCACAGUGACCGCCCUUGUUCAGAUGCGCGGUAGAGCUAGGAGGAAAAAUAGCAAGUUCAUUGUGUUGUGUUCCAAUCAAGAAGAAGAGGGGAAACUUUACGAUAUCAUGCAGAAAGAGAAGAAUAUGAUUGAAGCUACUGAAUUACUGAUGCAAGAAAACAGAGACACGGAGGCGUAUUAAAGCAAUUGAAAAAUAGUUGCCAUAAACAUGUUUACGUUUAUAUAUAUUUGCUUUUAAUUAUGCGAUGUUCAUAUUAUUAUGUAGAUUGAAUUAAUUGUUUUGAAAAUGUUUUCUCCUACUCUUUAGCCAUUACACCUGUCUUAAAUUUGAAAUAGUUAAUUUAAUAUUGAUUUCAAAUUCAACAUACAAAGACUGUGCUGCACACAGUAUAGAAGAGGGUCAAACUGCAGGCCUUGCUCUUUUUCAUGUCGCAAUGGUCCAUCACUUAUGGUUUUAGCAUGUUAAGUUUAACAAUUUACGGAGCCAAAUUCACUUUUGUACCAAAACUUGUCAUUUUUCAGUGUUCGUAUAUGUACAUAGUACAUAUAGUUUAAGGAAUGAUAAUUAACUCUUAGUCUUAGUCUUAGUUUAAAACUAGAUACAUUUCCAUUUAUUCGCAACAAUUUUGCAAAAUAGGCAUAGGAAUUGAGUAUUAGUAAUUAAGAAAUUGUUUUUCUUGUUAUUUUUCUUGUUUGUAUUGUUAAAUGUUACUGGGUUAUAAAACUUUUGUUGCACAGAUGCUUGAUGUUUAUUUCAUGUUUGCAUAUUCAUGUACAAGGUUGCCAAGUUGUCUUUCUUAAAUUUAAACUUUCAUGAUUUUAUUACAUGUAUUUCAUUAUAGAUAUAAUAUCAGUUUUAAUUUUAUUGUUUGGAAAAGACAGUUGGAUUUGUUCAGAUUUUAUAAUUAAAUUGAAAUAUUUCUUAUAGGAUAUAUAUCCCUUCUCACGCAUCUUGUUUAAUCUUUAUCACAUAUAUCAUUGUAAAAAAAUCAAAUUUGUACAAGGAACUUCAUUAAAUGUAUUUAAUCAUUGAAAAAUACUUUUUUUUUUGAAACAAGAAGUGAAUGAAUGAUCGAUAUGAACUUUUGCACACAAAUUAUGCUACAUUAUUUUACUCGAAUUGUGACCAAUUUUUACAGGGAACUUUAUUAAAAGUAUUUAAUCAUACUUGGAGGGACUUUGGAGAGUUUUUUUGUUGUAACUAGAAAUACUUUUUAAAGUGUUGUGUAUCAUACUGGCAUUGAUAUACAUCCAUGGACCAAAUACUUGCAAAAUUUCAUAUCAAAAAAAGUAUCGUUUGUGCAAAAUAACCCAAAAAUGAAAAACAAUUAAACACUUUGAUUGGGUUUAAAUACGCACAAAAGUUAUUUUCUUACUUAUUUUUAUUUCAACAGUUAGUUGAUUUAUGUUAAAGUCUCAAAAUAUAUGUUUUUAGACUUUUGGAUCUUAGUAUAGUUCCAUUUCAAUUUCAUCCGUUCACUUGACUGUGGCCACGCGAUAGAAAUUGCGUUCUGUUGGUCAACUUAAAACAUUGCAUGGCCAUGUUACGGCUGCUGCAUUGGCAUGUAAGAAGUAGCAUGUGCCCAAGUAUGUCUUUUGCUUCGUUUUACUUCCACAUGUACACGUACUAGCUAUCACGCAUUUACGCAAUAGCUGUCGCGUGACCACGUACCACAUUAUAGAUAUCGCAUGCGCAUGUUGUAAAUUAGCGAUCAUAAGUCCCAUUUUUACCAUUGUAUUUUAUUUUACUGUUUAUUCUGACAUGCAUAGUGAAGUAGGUAAACAUAUUCUUUAUUUUGAAACGGUAUUAACGCUGUUGGACCCACUUUGUUUUGAGAAAGAUAUGUUGUAUCCAGGUAUAUAUAUGUUAAUAUACGUAAUCUUGUGAUAUUUUAUUCAUCAUUUUAUCUAGUUGUAGAUUCCUGUAUUGAUAUUGGUGAAGGAUUGGAGAAACCACUUCAUUAUCCAGAGCCAGUGUAUUUUUUGCUUUUUGUUUGAUCUUGAUCUUGUUGCAUGUGCUCUUAUAUAUUUGAUGUUGCCAAAGAAUGAAACUAUCACGUUGCUUGGCUUUUAUUCUGAAUAUUCAUACUGACUUGUGUAAAUAUAAAUACAAGGGAUGUAAGCGAUUUUAAACAGAAUCCUUUUGAGUAAGCCAGUUUGUAAAGAAGACAAUACUUACUCUAUAAUCAUGCAUGUACUAUUUACUAGUGCUUUGUCCACCAGUAGCAAUUUUUUGUUGUAGUAUAACGGAAUGUAUUGUGAUGGUUUGAAAAUAUCAACAUGAAGUAUACUUGCGCAAAAUGUAAUUGAUACUAUAUUGAACCUGUAGUUGCAGCCUUAGAGUGCAAAAAUUAUGAGUGUGUGUGUGUGUUUAAGCUUGUUUUUGCAUGUUUAACUUCUAAACUUGCUUUUUUGAAUCACUGUAAAAAGAUCAUUUGAUGUUAAUAAUAAGGACAAAUAUUGUGACGUUUUGGUUUGUUAAAGCAACAUGCCUACAGUGGAUGAGUAAAAUUGAUAUUCAAAAUUUAUCAAGCUUAAGAAAAAUCUAUUCAUAGUUUAUGAAAUAGAUAAACUUUCAUUUAUAAUCCCUGUAGUAACUUGAAUGAAUUGUGCAAAAUGUGAUCGAAUUUAUACCUUUUAUCACUUAAUUUUUAAUAUAAACUUAGUAAAAAUGUAUUAAUAACAUACCCUAUGCCAAUUUUACGACUCCGUAAAAUGGUAUUGCACGGCCGUGCAUAUAUUUGCGUUACACAAACAGUGUAAAAACGCUUUAUUAUACUCCCCGAAGGUCAAGGUCACGGCAUGACCUUUCAGCAAAAUCGUGUCCGGUCCAUAACUUCAUUAUUUGAAGUCGGAUUUUAAAACUAUUUCACAGAAAUGAUCAUUAUAUUGAGACGAUGUGUGGCAACAUUUGGGUGGCUACCUUCAAGGUCAAGGUCACAGCAUGACCUUGCAGGAAAAUCGUGUCCGGGCCAUACCUUUGUUAUUUAAAGUCCUAUUUUACAACUAUUUCAUAGAAAUGAUCACCAUAUUGAGACAAUGUGUCGAGCGCAACAUUUGGGUUGUUUAUACACUUUGAAUUGUCUGUGUCAUAACUCUGACACUACAAGAGGUAUACCUUCCUGUGUCCAAAACCUAUUCAGGGAGCAUCACCCGGUUCAACCGGCUCUUGUUUAUUAAAUGUUAGCAUUAAAAUAUAUAAUGAAAAAAAUUUAUACAGUCCGUUUUGGGUAUGUGAUAAAAUGAAUAUUAUAUUCGUGUAGGGUUAUUGCUGAAUUAAUUCAACACAUUUAAUAAAUUAGUUUAUUUUAAUAAUAUUUUAUUGCAAGUAUAUAACACAUGUAAAAUAUGAAUAACACAAAACAAAUGUACGUAUAAAUACAGUGCAAAUGGGUAGGGCUACAAGUUAUUACAACAUUAGCAACAGCCCUUCUUCCCACAAAGUCUAAUACUAUAUAGUAUUUAUAACAUAUAUUUUACGAAUAAUUUUCUGAGAAUAAGUACAAAUAACUGAUUUGCAAUGGGAGUAAGAAAUAGAAAAAAAUCAAAACAGACAAAAACAAAGCAAACAGACACAAAUAUAUAAAUUUGGUAUGAGAAGUAUUGCUAUAUUCAGUAUUGAACCUUAACUCAUUGAUAUCCUUUAUGUUAUAUAAUCUUAGUAAAUAAAUUGUUUAUGAAUGGUGAUAAACAUGCAUCCUUCUCAAGUUUUCCCUUUCUCUUUCUUUGUAGUAUGUUGCCAGUUUAGUUAUUUUCCGAAGUUAUUGUUAUUUCCGAUAAAAUUAUUGUGUUGUUAUAUUAUAGCAAAUUAUGUCUGUUUAUUUUUAUUUAUUUUAAUUCUUUCUUCUACUUUUAUUUUUAUUUGGGAAAGAAGCCAUAGUUUAUAUAAAUAUGUGAUGUUUUGUUGAAAUGAAUAAAAAGUUUUUUUUGACGGAA